GAUUGAGAGAUUAUGAGAGGGACAGAAAGCGAGAUAGAGAGUGAGAGGCUAUUGGCUACAGACCGUUUCAAACUGCUUCGCGUGUUACCACGGAAAUCAUCGCGUUUGAGUUCAGUCUGAGCUGGAUGCCCGGUCGGCUUUUAUCCUGAUUAAAUAACGGCCAGACAGCGAGAGUCCUACAGCGUUUGGUCCUCUAUACUCUCCGUUUGAGCAAGAAGUUAAGGGCGAUUUAACUAUCUAUAGAGUACUGGAUGCCGGGUUUCUGUUUAUUUCGAAGCGUGGUCGCGCUGAAAUGAAAUAUCUUCCUGGAAAGAAGCACGAACAGGACCACACUGCACCGCAAAGCAAGAAAACACCGCUUAAAGGGCUCGUUCAGACCGAACACGUUUUUGCGCUUAAAAGACGCAACUAGACGCAGCGCAACGAAUAAAACCGAACUCUGCUGUAUCUAGACGCGUUUUAACUUGACACGGCGCAAUGUCAAAGACGGCUGUCUAGCCUAGCGCAUGUUUACAUAGAUAAAAACAACUUAAACAACCCGUUUUGGUGUGAACGGCCCCUUUAACGGGUACAACUGCACUUAACCUUGGAAAAAAGGAGAAAUGAGUCGCAACACAGACAGUUGAAUGGUGAGAACUGCUCGCUCUUCCCCUUUUGAGAUAAAACAUAGUUACGAUACACGAUGCGCCAGACUCAUAUGACUGUUACCUACCACAGUACAUCUUCAUUUGACGGAGGAAACCGCUACAUUAAUUAUGCACGGGCAGAGCAUGCUUAGUACACCGAGGGGUGACGCUCGGUUUCUGAGACCGGCCGGGUGCGCGACCGUGUCCCACAUGACCUAGUUUCAACGAGAAGCUUGAGUGCAUGAGAGAUGCAGCCGCAGUGAGAAGCGAAAGUGACAUCCAGUACUAAACAUGCACACUUGUUUAGUUGCUCACAUGUGUGACCGGGACGAAAGUAUUGUGGACCUCAUUUGACAGAGACGUGACCUGAACGUCACGGCCAGAUCAUUCACAUGGAAGACUUUCAACGAUGAUCCAUGAGCCAUCCGCAGUGAACUAUUUAUGUUGUUUUUAAAUGAAUUUACCUCGCCAAUAACUUUCCAGACUUGAGUGAAGAGCAACCUUUGCACCUGCAACAGCAUCGGAUUAUUUAUUUCUGCUGAGACAACAGUCAUUUUUGGACAUGGAGCCACAUGAAUUGCCUUUACCAGCUGCAAUCUGCACAUUAUCACACUAAAUGCUUCAAAUGGAUUACUGCACUUUGUUGAAAGAUAAUUGCAUUCCUGAAAUCAGUUUUGAAAGCAAUACUGGCUAGAAAAAUGACUAAUGGCUUUAUGUGAAAUAACAUUAAUUUUAAGCUCAGGUGAAAAUUCUGCAGUCUUUGUCUUCUGAAGCAGUGUGAACAUUAUUGAACCAGAGUUCAGCAACCAUGUGGUCGUUGCCAUUAGUACGUCACACUGAUGUUCCUCCAAGAGUGACUGAGAACUUCAUUCUGUCAGGUUAUCGUUUCCCCAACUAUAGCCUCCGGCAGUGCCUGGCCUCUGCUUUUCGUCCCACCAAUGAGACUGGAAACUUCUGGACGCACUUCCUCCCUAUAUUUGUGUUCGCCUUCCACUUUCUGGAGGUGUUUGCGUGGGAAGGAGCGCCAGAACCUAGCAACCCUUUUUUCUACCCGUUCUGGAACUACUUCCUUGGGGUGUUCUACCUGCUGCUAGCCAGCAGCCUGGCUCAUCUACUCAACUCCAUGUCUCUCAUCAUUCGAGAAAUCUGUUUCUUUGUGGACUAUGGAACCAUCAGUGCAUAUACUGUGGGUUCCUCGCUGGCAUAUUACUACUACAUCCAUCCUCAAGCAGGAAUUUUAGAGAUUGGGCUGUGGGGACGGAAUGCUUCCCAAAGAAAGGGCCUGGACAUUGAUGAGGAGGUGUGGCCCUCUACAUCUCCGCCCUCUCAUCUGUGGGGGUUCCGCACAUUUUUUGAAAGCCUCUACAUCCCGUCCUCCUUCCUGGUUGCUAUCGUAUGUGUUCUCACCUGCUGCAACACCAGACAGCGUUGGCGGAGGUACCGCUAUGCUGUGCGUACCCUUGUCUUCCUCCUCCCCUUUUUCGUAUCCUCCACCCCUGUUUUCUAUCGUCUCCUGAGUCCCUCCCCUUACACCCCACCUGCUCCCUCAUCCUCCUCCCCUGAUUUGUUCUCUACCAUGUCUGCCUUUUUCUACCGCCACUGCUUCUGGCUGGUGGUAUCUGCCAUCUUCAAUAUCAGUAAGAUUCCAGAGCGCUUUUCUCCAGGGAAUUUUGAUAUCUGGGGUCACAGCCAUCAGUGGUUCCAUUGCUGCACCUUCCUGUCCAUUCUGGACGAGCUCCAAAUGAUCAAAGUGGAGAUGCGGGCCCUGCUUCUCAGCCCAGCACUUGUACUGUCGCCUGCAACUCCACCUAGGCUCCCUGGACCAACGCUCUGGUCCACUUAUGGGGUUAUGGUGCUCCUGCAGGUGUGUAUAGCGAGCAUCAUAGGCUGGUUUGGCUGGGAUGCAUAUCAGAUCUAUGCACCAGAGCAAAACAAGCUGAAGAGACAUUAGGAAGUGCCACGACAUGUUGGUCAGAUUGAAAACUAUCCAUUAGCAUGAGGAUUUUACUCUGUUAAAGACAUUAUAAGGUUGACUUUCGACCCUUGCUGGCUGAACUUUUCGAACAAUAAUUCAAAGUGUGGGCCGAGUUCAGUCAAAUAUAAAAAUUCUGUCAUCAUUUACUCACCCUCAUCCCUUUAAUAGAAAAACUAAAUGCUCAGAGACAUUAUCAUUUGACCCAAAUUCUGAAUGUUUUAGCAACUUUCAGUAUAAGUGCGGUCAAGGGAUGUUGUUAUCUUGUUGUAGGUGGCCAAGUGCCCUGCUGCUCUCUAGUCAGCAAGCUGACUGUGCCGCAUUUGCUCCUCUGGGAAUGUAUAGUUGUACUUACGUUUUUGUUCCAGAAUAUUCUCAAAAUUCUCACUUAAGAGGGAUUCAAAAUUAUGGAUCAUUGAUAGUUUUGUAGGAGACUCUUUAUUGUACUAACAAUCUUAUUCUCUCUCUAUCAGUCUCUCCAUCUCACUUUUUCUCUCAUCCACCCACUCACAUUUCCUCCCUCUUUUUAACAAACCCUUUGAACAGGAAGUGCAGACAAACAGCAUGCAGACAAGCACAAAUAGCUUCAGCCAAAAUGUGUGAGGCUGAGGGAAAUGAGAAGGGUGCGGUUUCAUGCUGCUUUACACCUAGCGCUGCACUUUACAACCCUUAUUUUGAAUGAACUUUACAGCUUCCCUCAAUCACUACUAUGAAUUAUAGAUUUUAAUUAAGAUGUGAGACAGCACAGGUAGUAACUGUAGAUUUCAAUUUAAUUGCUUUAUCUACUUUAAUCUAUGCAUGGCAGUUGAUUGUACACACUUUUCCAUGACUUGACAAUUGGUUUUAAGGCCUAGAAUUGAUCGGAGGACCGAAUGGAGAAAAACAAAGCCAUAUCGUUGUUUUAAAAACAUAUCAGCAAGUACUGUUUUUUUUACAGUAAAGUCCAGUUUUGCAGAAGCAGAUUAACUGUAGUCAUAGACUUCACAAAAUGAUCGGUGGCAGAUCAGCAUUAUUAAAACAGUCCAAGAGUAAGGAUUCAACCUAAUUGUGUACAGCCUUGAGGGUAUCACUGGGCUUUCUACUGGUAAAUUGUGAUUCCAUUCAACCAAUCAGAUGCUUUCGGUAAGCAGUGCACUUAUGAGUGUGCUAAGUGCUUUAGUGAAACACUGACUGGUAAUACUUGCUGUUUAUUUAGUCUGAGAGUAUGGUGUGGUUUAACAAUAUUUGUGAAUUUCUGCAUCAACAUUUGUCAGUCUACUGCAUGUGUUUCUGUUGCUGUGAAUGACAAAUUGGAGUUGAUGAUAUGUUGUGGCUGUCAAAAAUGAUGUUUUGUCUCUGUUGUUCUGUCCUCAUAAUUCUAAGUCAGGCAGGCUGAAUAGUUGCAAUAAGUGUGAGGACAUAUUUAGAGCAUUUCCUUACUUUGUCUUUUUUAUCAGAUGAACUCAUCAUUCAUUAAUUUUGCAAGCCAUGUAAUAGUCAGUUCACUCUAAUUCUGUUUACCAGUUGUUACAUUGCACUGUUGCGCAUGCUUAGUAUUAAAUUAAUCUAGACAGAAUUUAUGAUUGGCACAUUAAUGUUUCUGCGUUAGUCUUUGAUUUUAUAGGAAUGGUUUGCCCAAAAAUGAAAAUUCUCUCAUAAUUUACUAACCCUUAGCCCAUCUCAGAUGUGUAGAUUUCCUCUCCAGAAUACAAACAAAGAUUUUGUUUAAGAAUAUCUCAACUCUGUAGGUCCAUACAAUGCAUCUGAAUGGUGACCAGAACUCCAAAAAGCACAUAAAGGCAGCAUAAAAGUAAUCCAUACGACUAGAGGGUUUAAAUCCAUGUCUUCAGAAGUGAUAUAAUUGGUGUUGGUGAAAAAAAAUAUCAAUAUUUCAUUCCUUUUUUACUAUAAAUCACCACUUUCACUUCCACAUUCUUCUUUUGUUUUUGGUGAUUUUCCAUUCUUCACGCAUAUCGUCACCUAUUAGUCAAAGGUGGAAAUGUAUAGUAUAAAGGACUAAAAAAAGGACUUAAAUAUUGAUAUGUUUAUCACCCACACCUAUUAUAUCACUUAUUGAAGACAUAGAUUAAACCUCUGGAGUCUUAUGGAAUAAUUUUAUGUUGCCUUCAUGUGCUUUUUGGAGCUUCAAAGUUCUGGCCACCAUUCACUUUAUAUCACGCAUUAUAUGAACCCACAGGACUGAGAUAUUAUUAAAAAAAAAAUCUUAAUUUGUGUUCUGCUGAAGAAAGAAUUUCAUACACGUGGGAUGGCACGAGGGUGAGUAAAUGAUGGUAUAAUUCUCUUCUUGGGUUUGACUAUUCCUUUAAAAGUGACCCGUCAUACAUUUUAAUCCCAAUUUAAAAUGUUGAGCAGGCUUGUCUACAAAAAUUGUUUUGAGAGAGCAUUUUUGGACUUUCUUCCAAAACUUGCAUUUGCAUCAUUUUUUUGGCAUCGUGCAGAAAGCAGGUCUGACAAAUGUCAGUACAAUUAGGACAAUGUUUGUCAUCUCUUAUUGCUGUCCUUACGCUGUAAUAAGAUAUAUAGUUAUAGUUCAAAUGUACAAGAGUCUAAACCUGUAUCAAAUAUAUGUUUCAUUUACAGUAUGCUGUGAAGGCAGACAAAAAUAUGAAUAUUUAAAAAAAGAAUAUGUUUGAUACUGGUUGAUUAGAAAUUCUAGUUCUAGAACAGUUUGCCUAGAACAGUUGUAGUUCUCAGGGGAGAAGACUUGCGAUCUUAAUGCACUGGUAACUAUGCUGUAUGCCGAAUGCUGUAGGGUGAAUUUAUCGUCAUGGUUUAUUCAAGUAGAUCAUGCUAAUAUAUCUUAUUUAUUAAGAUAUAGGAUUAAAUGUGAAAAUGUAGGAUAUUUACAGUUUUAGCACAUAUUAAUAUAUAUAUGAUUAUUUUACCACUAGAUUCUAUUUCAAAAUGUAUAUUAAGAGAUGAUUACUAGAGAUCAAUAAAUUGAAAUGGUAAAUCUGCCUUGUCUAUGUUUUUAUUAAAUUAGUGUAUACACUGUAUGCAAAGUAAUGUUUAUUUAAAUAUUCACUCCUUUCUUAAUAGAAAUGUAUAUGCAAUGCAGACCUGGAAUUGUAGACAACUUUUUUUAUGCCAUCUUCUCUUAAACUAUUUCACAGCUGAACAUUUAAAUGAAUUUCAAUUGCUUAUUUAUACAUAUGCAUGUUUUAAAAAAGUACAGUUUUGUAGUCACAAUUCCAGGUCUGCAGGUGUGUGUUUGCCUGUAUUUGCAUUUUCAUAUCCGUGUGUGAUUGACUACUGCUCAGUAACAGGAGCAGCUGAGAUGCUUAUAUCAACGCAACAUUCCACUCUCUCUCUUCUCUCUCUGUCUUACAUUGUUACAUAAGUGCAUGCUUUUCAAAAUGACACAAAACUAAUCAUAUAUUCUGGAGAUAUAUAUAUAUACAGCAAUGGCGUCAGGCUAUCAUUCAGAUAAUAGUGUGGGAAAGAUGCCUUGAAUGAGAAAAGGAAAGAAGGUACACAUUUUCCAUUGCUCUGCUUGUUUUGGCUCAGCUCCAGUACACUGCAGACACCAAAUGCACAGUAUCUCUAGAUCUGUCCACUUGAUGGAGACAUAGUCGUUUGCCGUCUACUGGCCUGCAACACUUUGUUCUAUUGGAUAAAUCCUUUGUGGCCCUUUGCAACUUGUGAACAAAACAUAGAUUUAAAGAAACAUUAUAAUUUAAAGCAAUAUUCCGGGUUCAGUACAAGUUAGGCUCAAUCUGCAGCAUUUGUGGCAAAAUGUUAACUACCACAAAAAUUAUUUUGUCUUCUUUAGAAAAAGCAAAAAUCAAGGUUACAGUAAGGCACUUUCAAUGGAAGUGAAUGGGGGCCAUUUUUGGAGGGUUUGAAGAAAGAUAAUUUUAUAAAAGCAUUCUUCUGUGAAAACCUGUGAAUUAUUUGAGCUCUAAUAUUGUUUAAAUUAACGUUUUUACAAUCAUUUUAGGGUUUACUGUGUUUCGUCAUCAUAGCAACAAAGUUGGAAAAUUGGAUAUAGCUUUGAAAGGUUAGGAAGCUAUUUUUAUACACAAAAAAAAAACACAAAUAUAAUUUACGUCUUGUGGCUAUAGUUUUGAAACUGCAUUUUAAAGUUGACAGAUUGGCCCCAUUCACUUCCAUUAUAAGUGCUUCACUGUAACCUUGAUUUAAAAAUGUAAAAGAAGGGACGAGUAGAAAUACAUUUUUGUGGUUAUCAUCAUUAUGCCACAAAUGCUGUCGAUUGAGCUUAACUUGAUCACAAAAUAUUCCUUUAAAGUGAACAUUGUCUCAUAUCAAAAUGUUGCGUCGUACAAAAACACAACUAAGAAACAUAGACUUGAUAGCAUAUCUAUUCAGUAACUUUACUCAUCCAGUACAGUCCAUAGGUAUCUAAUAUGUUACCGACACAAUGUGACAG